AGUGGAUCCCAUCCAGGCAGGUGACCUGAGGCCUGACCCCACAAGAUGCCAAGAAAAGAGGCUCACUACAUCUAUGGUUCCCCCAAGAAGGGGCACGGCCAUUCCUACAUCACAGCUGAAGAGGCUGCAGGGAUUGGCAUCCUGACAGUGAUCCUGGGAAUUUUACUGCUCAUCACCUGCUGGUACUGUAGAAGACGAAGUGGAUACAGAAGCUUGAAGGACAAAAGCAUUCAUGCUGGUACUCAAAGUACCUUAACAGGAAGAUGUUCAUGUGAGGGGCUUGGUUACCAGGACGCCAAACUGCCUUUUCAAGAGAACAAUUGUGAACCUGUGGUUCCCAACGCUCCACCUGCCUAUGAGAAACUCUCCACAGAACAGUCACCACCACCUUACUCUCCGUGA